GGGACGUAGAUUUGAAUCAUUUGAUCCUAUCAACCUUUAGAUCAAAUAGUCUAAUCAACUGUUUUGGCCGCUUUAAGCACAUUCCCAGACCGAACAUAACAAAGCCGCUGUCCGUAGAUUCACCUACCUAUCUUCUCGGCGACGAGUUCUUCGUUGUUUUUGCCUCCGCGAAUUGGGGAAAGGAUUUUAACGACAAUAUUUAUUAAUUGAGGUCGUAAUUCAGGAGUUUCAUCAGCUGGGUUCAAGUCAAAUUCAGUUGGAAGUGUCGUCGUUAAUGGCGGUCGAACCUCUCCGGGUGCGGCAAAUAUUUUCCUUAUUGUUUCCUUUUUCAUGUUUUUCUGGUCAGAAAUCCUUGAAUUUUUUUUAGCGGCGUUCAUCAUAAGGGUACCUCGGAUUUCGACUUCAUCUUCCUCAGCUGACUCUUGCUUGAUCUUGGUACUGUGAAUUUCCACUUGUUCGUGCUCAAGAAUCGUAGAAGCUCGUGUAGAUCCUGCGAGAUCUGUAAAGAUAUUUUUGGGUUUUUUGCUCAUCGUAGCAUAGUUUAGCUUCUCUAUCAGCUUGAUCCAAGUUGGGUCGAAGUGGGUCUUCGAGAUAUCGGUCGAUUUGAUUCGUUUAGCGUUUGUUUCUCUUCGAUUCCGGGAUGGCGGAGAGAAAGAGAGAGACAGCGAUUCUCCGUUUGGUCCGGAGAUUAAAACGGCCUCGUGGGAUUUGGUUGAAAAUGGCGGCUGUAGCUGUGUUGGGUCUAUGUUUCGUCUUCUUUUGGUCUUUCUUCUCUUCUUCUGCAUCUUCAAUCACUGUCCAAAGAGAAAGCUUCGAUGACAUAACUGAACCAGUUUCAUCUAACACCAAGACAGCUCAAGGGAUACAGGGAUCGAGCAAAGUGGGUGAGAAAGGUAAGGUUGGAUCAGGUCCGAAACAUAUCAAUGAGAAAAAGGUUAAUGGGUCUAUUUCUGUUUCUGCUCCUGUUCAUAAGCAUGAAACUAGGAAAAAGAAAGAGCAUGUUGUAUCGCAUCCACAUAAGAAGAGAGAAGUGGUGAAGCCUGUGGUGGAAGAAGUGGAAGGUAAGGAAGAUAAAGAGAACCAAGAACAAGAGGAAUCAGAAUCUGAUGAUUCUGAGUCUCGGAAGGAAGCAGGAGAAGAAGGAGUGGAAGAAGGCACUGGUGAAGGUGAUGGCAAUAGCAAUGUUGAAGGUGAUGGUAAUGGAGAUGGAGAUGGAGAUGGAGAUGGGGAUGAUUCGAAUGCAGCGGUGGAUCAAGAAGCAGAAGAAAAGAUUGAGGAAGUUAGUGAGAGAAGGAAGCAGAGGAAGAUAAAGGGUCCUGUGUUCGAUCCAAAAGCUAGUUAUAGGUGGAGAUUGUGUAGCACUAGGAGCAAGCACAAUUACAUUCCGUGUGUUGAUAAUGAUGGGAUAAUGGGAAGGCUUCAGGUUUAUAGAUACAGAGAAAGGACUUGUCCAAGAAAACCUGUUAUGUGCUUGGUUCCUCUUCCGCAUGAUGGCUAUGAUUCCCCGGUUACAUGGCCGGAGUGCAAGUCAAAGGUAUUGUAUAAAAACAUUGCCCAUCCGAAGUUGGCUACAUACAUUAAGCAACACAAUUGGCUAACAGAGACAGGGGAAUACCUUACCUUUCCGCCGAAUCAGACUAUGUUCAAGGACAGUGUUCUUCAGUACCUCGAAUUCAUUGAGGAGAUGGUACCAGAUAUUGAAUGGGGAAAGAAUGUUCGUGUAGUUUUGGAUAUCGGAUGUUCAGACUCGAGCUUUGUAGCUGCGUUGCUUGGUAAGGACGUUCUGACACUAUCACUAGGCUUGAAAGACGAUCUAGUCGAUCUAGCACAGGUCUCCCUUGAGCGAGGGUUUCCUGCCGUGGUCAGCCAUCUGGCAAAUAGACGGCUCCCUUUUCCUAGUGGUGUCUUCGAUGCCAUUCACUGUGCUGCCUGUGGGAUCCACUGGCAUUCCCAUGGUGUCAAACUUCUUCUGGAAAUGAACAGGAUUUUGAGGCCUAACGGGUACUUCAUUUUGUCGAGUACACAUGAGAAGAUCGAGGAUGAUGAAGCGAUGACCUCAUUGACCGCAUCCAUUUGUUGGAACAUUCUGGCUCACAAAACCGAUGAAACGAGUGAAAUGGGGGUAAGAAUAUAUCAGAAACCAGAAUCGAAUGAUAUCUACGAACUGAGAAGGAAGAAAAAUCCUCCUAUCUGCAAGGAGAAUGAAAACCCAGAUGCAGCCUGGUAUGUUCCAAUGAAAACCUGUCUGCAUGAGAUACCGUCUGCAAUUGAACAGCAUGGUACAGAGUGGCCUGAAGAAUGGCCCAAGAGACUAGAAACAUACCCUGAGUGGUUAAACCAGAAAGAGAAAGCCAUAGCCGAUACUGAUCGUUGGAAAGCUUUUGUAAACCAAUCUUACCUCACUGGACUCGGGAUUGAUUGGUCACGUAUCCGGAAUGUGAUGGACAUGACUGCCAUCUAUGGCGGAUUUGCGGCUGCUCUCGUGAAGCAGAACGUCUGGGUAAUGAACGUGGUGCCUGUUCAUGCACCAGACACGCUCCCUUUCAUAUACGAAAGAGGCCUCAUCGGCAUGUACCACGACUGGUGCGAAUCUUUCGGGACAUAUCCAAGAUCAUACGACCUGCUUCAUGCCGAUCAUCUCUUCUCUCGGCUCAAGAACAGGUGUAAGCAACCAGCUUCGAUAGUGGUUGAAAUGGAUAGACUGACAAGGCCAGGAGGGUGGGUGAUCGUAAGGGACAAGGUAGAGAUAUUAGAGCCAUUGGAAGGUAUUCUACGAAGCUUGCAUUGGGAGAUUCGUAUGACUUAUGCUCAAGAGAAAGAAGGAAUGUUAUGUGCACAGAAGACUUUAUGGAGGCCUUGAUCUUCGUCAUUCUUCAUCUUCUUCAUCAUACAGUUGCACAAGAGUUUUGGUCCUUUGGGGAGGCAAUAGUGAUGAAGCACAGGCUUCUUGGCUCCGUAGAAUUGUAUCAUUUCAUGUAUACAGUUUGAAGGUGUUAUAUUUCUAUUGUCUUUAAUAUAGUUUGGUUUUCAUUUAAAAAAAUAUAUUAUUUAACAAGUUUUUGUUUUUUGAUUUAUUUUUUUUUUGUUA